AUGACCCCGAACAGCAGGACGAGCAUCACGCUUCAACCACCUCCUAGAUCUCCUUCCCCGCCCUCCCCUUAUCAUUCCCCUUCAACUCCAUCCACUUUCUCAGCGUUGGAGGUAGUAGUACCCGACUCGCAUUCAUCGACAUCAUACACCAUGCAGAGACUCAGAGAAUGGUGGAAACCGACCUACGAGCCUUUGGAGGACCAGGAUGAGCGGGAGGAUAUGAGCUCGUCGAAGGCACAGCGUGUCUCUCGAUUUGAGUAUUUUAUCUUCUUGUCCUUGGGGGUAGCUAUGCUGUGGAGCUGGAACAUGUUUAUGGCAUGCGCUACAUAUUUCCAGCGCCGGUUCGCUGAGAACGAGUUUCUCCUGAACAACUUCCAGUCACUCAUCCUAGCGGUAAGCACGAUAACGAACUUGGGAUCUGCGGUAUACCUCUCGUAUCGCCAAAAAUCCGCAAGCUAUCCUUGGAGGAUAUGUGCCUCGCUGGUGAUUAACUGUGGUGUGUCUACGGUGCUGGCUUUAUCCGCGGUUGUGUUUAGAGUUGGGCCGGAAGCGUACAUCACCAUUCUGUUGACCUGCGUAUUCUGGGCGAGCUGGAGCGCAGGUUUGAGUCAGAACGGGAUAUUUGCAUUUGUCAACAAGUUUGACGGAAUAUAUACCCAAGCAAUCAUGACUGGCCAAGGAGUUGCUGGUGUUCUUCCCGCAAUAGCCCAAAUCAUAUCGGUUUUAGCGAUCCCUCAGUCUCCGGGCACUGAGGGGAGCACGGCAUCGCCCAAGUCCGCAUUUAUAUACUUCCUUACGGCAACAUUCGUUUCAGGUUCCUGCCUGCUUCUAUUCCUACUAUUACUUUCCCGUCACCGCAUCUCCCCACACAAAUCCGGUUCCGAAGUCAUUGACUCAGAAGACCUUACUCCAGAAACCCACACCCAAGUAUCUCUGUGGGUCCUCUUGAAGAAACUAAAAUACCUUUCUUUCGCAGUAUGGCUGUGUUUCCUCGUAACAAUGGUGUUCCCAGUCUACACCCAAGUAAUUCUUUCGGUCCGCCCAGAGGAUUCGUCUCCCAGAAUGUUUAAACCGGACGUAUUCAUCCCUAUCGGGUUCAUGCUCUGGAACUUGGGCGAUUUAUCUGGACGAGUAGUCUGCGGAUGGCGGAGGUUCGCCUGCGACAGACCGAAGCUUCUCGCAUUGAUCUCCAUAGCCCGAUUGGUAUUCAUCCCUCUGUACACGAUGUGCAACAUCAAGGGCCACGGAGCCGUGAUCUCGAGCGAUCUCUUCUACUGGCUUGUCCAGUUCACAUUCGGAAUGUCAAACGGAUGGGUUGGGAGUAAUGUCAUGAUGUCAACACCUGGAUGGGUUGACGAUGACGAGAAAGAAGCCAGUGGCGGUUUUAUGGGAAUGUGCCUGGUGGCUGGCCUUGCAACAGGAAGCUUGGCAAGCUUCUUGAUUUUCAAUGUUUGAUAGCCGUUGUUACUGCUCUCAGCAGUGUUUAUUGCCGUCAUUGUGUUUUUGUUUUGACUCCGGGCGUUUUGGGUAGUGAUGUGUUAUCGCACGGUAUAUCAAGGUUGCUUUUGUUUCUUGGCCUUGGAGAAGGAUUGCUUUGGGCAUGAUACUGGCGGUUAGAGUUUGUGUGGUAGCCUAGUAGAGAUGCAUAGAACAGUAUCGAAAUUUUG